CCCUCCAAAAUCACAACAAUAAUAAUUUAAAGUUUUAAAAAUAAUUUAUCCAAAAAGACGCAAUUUUUAUUUUUAUUUUCAAUUUGGUAUUUUGUGUUUAAUUGUUUAUUGAUUGUGAAAUGUGAAAAAGAAAUUUACAGAAAGAAAAGCAAAAGCUUCUCUCUUCCUUUCUUCUUCUAUGCCCAUUUGCUCUCUCAUUGAAUUUCCUCCCAAUUUCCUUCGGUAUAAAUCCCACCCCACAACCAAGUUUCAAUCUUUUUCUUCUUCUUCUUUCUUCUUCUUCUUCUUCUUCUAAUUCUUUCAUUUCUCCGCCGCCAGCCAUGCCAGUUUCAGUUUGGUGGGGGAAGAAGUUCAGUAGUAGCAAGAGCAGCAGCCCGACCAGCGGCGGCAACAGCAACGAGAGCUCGUUUUCUCCCAAGUCGGCGGCCAAGAUUAAUAUCACCAGGAGGCACAGCUCCGAUUCACCAUCAGGUACUCCCGGGUUGACCGGUUCUUCGCGCGCCGGGAAAGAUUCCUCCGGCGGAUCCUCUGGGUUCUUCGGGUUCGAUUCGGAUGCCGACAGGCGCGGGCACCCUUUGCCCCGGCCGUCCGUCAGUGAUCGCGGCGGCGAUCAGGGAGUAGGUGUCGUCGGGUUUGGGAUUGGGUCGGGUUCCGGUUCUGCUUCCGGGUCUAUUUCCAGCGUCAGCUCGACUGGGUCAGCGGGUGAUGAGCCCCAGAUUGGAAGUGGUGAUCAUCAGGCGGCGUUUUUCGGCGGUUACAGGUCACCCGCCAAUCCAGGAGGGCGAGCUGAAGCUAAGUUCUAUGUGGGCUCUCGAAGCCCCGGUCCAGGAUCGAGAAGCCCUGGUCCGAGGUCAAGAAGCCCUGUACCUGGUUCAAGAGGUGCAAGCAGGCCUACCUCACCACUCCAUGCGCGGUUAGGCGGUAUGAAUCUCGAUUCGCCAACUGGGAGGUCCGAAGACAGCAAAAGCCAAUGUCACCCAUUGCCUCUUCCCCCAACUUCACCCACUAGUCCUUCAUCUUCCUCCACAACUAGCACAAGAAAUCAUGGAGGGGGUGAAACAAUGACUGCGACACUGUCAAAAUGGAAGAAAGGAAAGCUUCUUGGAAGGGGAACUUUCGGUCAUGUUUACCUCGGAUUCAAUAGUGUAAACGGGCAGAUGUGUGCGAUAAAAGAAGUCAGGGUGGUGUCAGAUGACCAGACAUCAAAAGAAUGUCUUAAGCAACUGAACCAGGAAAUAAAUUUGCUUAGUCAACUUUCACAUCCAAACAUUGUUAAAUACCACGGGAGUGAAUUGAGCGACGAAACACUUUCAGUUUAUUUGGAGUUCGUCUCUGGUGGUUCGAUUUACAAAUUACUUCAAGAGUAUGGUGCCUUCAAGGAGCCAGUCAUCCAAAACUAUACCCGGCAGAUUCUGGGCGGACUGGCCUACUUACAUGGAAGGAAUACUGUUCACAGGGACAUCAAAGGAGCCAACAUAUUAGUUGAUCCUAAUGGUGAAAUCAAAUUAGCGGACUUUGGCAUGGCUAAACAUAUUACAAAUUGCUCUUCAAUGCUUUCAUUCAAGGGAAGUCCUUACUGGAUGGCACCUGAGGUUGUAAUGAAUUCAAAUGGCUACAGUCUUGCUGUGGAUAUAUGGAGUUUGGGAUGUACAAUACUUGAAAUGGCAACUUCAAAACCGCCAUGGAGCCAGUAUGAAGGGGUGGCUGCAAUAUUUAAAAUUGGGAAUAGCAGAGAUAUGCCUGAAAUACCAGAUUCGCUCUCCAAUGAGGCUAAGAGUUUCAUAAAGCUAUGCUUGCAACGAGAUCCAUCUUUACGCCCUACAGCCUCACAAUUGCUAGACCACCCUUUUUUACGAGAUCAUGGAGCGAGAGUUCCAAUAAGCCAUCUUUCAUCUGCCUACAACUUUGAUGGAAGCCACACACCGCCAGCAUUGUUGGAUAUGCAAUACAACAGAAAUGGCAUCACAUCAUCCCAUGAGGCGGAGUAUUCCAUCAAGCCUGCAAUCUCCAACGUCAGAGCACCGAGAACUUCGAGGGACGAUUCGAGAAUGAUUACCUCUUUACCUGUAUCCCCUUGCUCUAGCCCAUUGCGGCAGAGUGUGCCAGCCCACCGAAGUUGUUUCCUAUCUCCACCACACCCUCUCUUCCCCCUGAUGGGUCCAAAUGGCAGCAGCGGUUAUAACAUGACCGAGUUCUCAUUACAGCCCACGAGACAAAUCCCAGGUCUAUCUCACAGUGAUUUCGUCCUAGAAACCACCUCCCUCACGAACCGCGUGGCAGGUGGCUCACCAAUUACGAGACGCAACUGAGUUGUGCAUACACAGACGAGAUAUAGACUUUUCCAUACCGAGAGUGUUUCCUUCGAGUAGCCUGAAGCUUGCUUCGGAAGGGAGAUGGAGGUAUAGGCCAAGAGUGAAGCUGAGUUUUGGUGCAUAUGUGGGUGUUAUAGCCAGAUGGUUUGGUUGGUUCUCUCUUGAUUCAAGAUUUGAGGCUAAAUCAACGUUGUGUAAAAAUGGUCUCAUCUUUGGUGUUGUAAAUGAGAGGGCUGCCGCCGCCGUUGUUGUAACAUAUAUGUACUGAUAAAUCUGGUUCUUUGGUGUAUAAGAGAAAGAAAGAAAAUUGUCCGGUGCCCGGUGACUUUCGCCGGAUUCCGGAAUGUUGACAGGGUUCUUAGGAUGGGCAUUGUACUGAACAAUUUGUCUAAUCACAAUGAUUGAUAUGCGUUCCCUUGAACUGGAAUGAAAGUGAAAGGCUUGUUGUUGUUUUAACAAGAGAAACAAACAGCAUAUUUUAUGAUCAACCGUGUAGUGUCGACCUCUCUGGAGAAAAUCUAUAACGGGCUAUGGUGGAUGCAUGUUUGUUCUACGCCAUUUUGGGGUGGAUUGACUUUUCUUUGAGAAGAGGAUUGGGAGAGGUACAAAAUGACUUGACAAUAGUGAUUGGGAAAACAACCAACUAGGAAUCAUUAACAAAGGAUCCGUGAUAGAGAAUCUCCCCUUUAAAGGGUAUUUGCUAGCAAUAUGAUAGAAACAAUACCCUCAAAAAAGACAGCGAAAGAAGUAGAUUUCGAACCAGCAUACGCAAAGCAAAGAGUGUUAGGGUCGGAGAUAGAUGAAACCAAUCAGAAGGACAAAUCGUGCAAGCAAAGCCGAGAAACAGACCGCAGCACAACGACUAGGACUCAUGUCGGAGGAGUUUUGAGCAUGAUAGGAUUGUUGAUGCUCUCCUUGUACUACCCGGUCGGAAUUACUGAGAACCCAAUGAUUCCCCUCAAGUUCGAAACAUAUUCGCUCCGGUAUAAAUUACUGAGAACCCAAUAAUCUCAUCGAGUUCGAAACAUAUGAGGGAUCAGUGAAUUAAGUUUUUAUAUUUUUAUCUCUAUGUUCAUCCGAUUAAUAAGUUCUUAUAUUUUUAAUGGUAUGAAACAGUAGAACCAUGGUCAAACUACAAUUUCGGUACAAAAUAUCAUACCACUAACUUAUUUUUUUCGGUAUAACAUAUGGUACGGUUUCACAAUCUUUAAUUGGUAGGCGGGCUUAUUAGAGAGGAUGUGAGUGAAGUCCCUUGACCAACGAAAGAACAAUUUGUGCAUUCCAACCGUUGCUAAUCAGCUCGGUGAUCGAAUCCAUAAGGUAAAAUGCAGAUUAGUUCAUUACGAAACAAAUUAAUUCUCUCUAUAAAUAUUAUUCGUUAUCAUUCUGAUUAAUUGUUCGAAACACGAUGUUGUCGUUUUAAUAUGUGACAAAAUUUAAUGAAUAUAAUUCUUAAUG